AUGUCUCUCUCACCAGCAGUUCAAUCAGUAUCCGCAUCUACAUCUUCCUCCAAGCAAUCUAUGUCCAUCGAUCUAAUUACCCUGGACACUAGUUCUCUCCACGACGUCUCACCGACCACGCUCCUCAACAUGCGAUUCCUCCAAACCCGAAUCGACCAUCUCCGCAUCAAGCUCGAGCACCAUCAAGAACGCUACAACGCCCUCGAGCAGAAGGAAGCGGAAUUGACACUGAAAAUGCUGAAGCACGAUGAGACGGGACUGUAUCAUUUCUACCUGGCCGCGGAGCGCGUGAAGACAAGAGAGGCACUGGAGAAGACUAGAGCUAAGUUGAAGGACCUGAAGAAGAACCUGGACGAGCUGUUGAAGAAUUAA